AUGCAUAACCCUGAAUCCUGUCCUAUACCUAAAGAGCAACUCAAAAUUAGCAAAGGAAUUGAAAUAGGGCAUAUUUUCUAUUUCGGUGAUAAAUAUUCAAAACCUAUGAAAGCAAAUAUUACUUUUAAAGACGGCACAAACAUCAAUAUACAUAUGGGUUCAUAUGGAAUAGGGGUAUCAAGAUUGGUUGGAGCGAUAAUAGAAGCUUCUCAUGAUAAAAAAGGAAUUAUUUGGCCAGAAGCCAUAUCCCCUUUCAGAAUUGGAUUAAUUAACUUACAAACAAGAGAAGAAAAAUGUCAAAAAAUUGCAAAUAAGAUAUAUGAGGCCUUAAAAGGUGAUGAAGUACUUUACGAUGAUUCUGAAGAAAGCGCAGGAGUAAAGCUUUCUAAGAUGGACUUGAUAGGGUUACCAUGGCAAAUAAUUAUUGGUAAAAAAGCAGUGAGUGAAAACCUAGUUGAAGUGAAAAAUAGAGCAACCGGUAAAAUAAGGGACAUGCAAGUAGAAGAAGUAAUUAAUUAUUUUCAGUAGAUGAUACACGGCAUCGGAACAGAUAUAGUGCAUAUACCAAGAAUAUUGAGAAUAUUGCACAAAUAUGGGAAAAAGUUUGUAAAUAGAGUAUACACUGAAAAAGAAAUAGAAAUAGGUAGUCAGUACAACAGUCAAAUAGUUCAAGCCAGAUAUUUCGCUAAACGCUUUGCUGCAAAGGAGGCUUUUGUAAAAGCGCUAGGUACUGGCUUUAAUAAAAAUAUUAAAAUGAGAGAUAUAGAAACAUGCAAUGAUGUAAAAGGAAGGCCGUAUAUCAUCACCAGUAGAGAUUUUAUCUCUCAAAAGAGCACAACUUACCUUUCAAUUAGUGAUGACGCAGACUAUGCUACUGCUUUUAUAGUGAUCCAAAUUUUAUAA